AAGAAAUUCAGAGGUGGUCACCAUCUGAGGACCAGGAGAUCCACAGUGAUACCGAAAUGGUACAGGGCAAGCUGGACAUGCGGAGCAUGAAGGGGGCACUACAGACUGUCAAUAUCCACCUGAGCCCCCAGGAAGUGUGUGAGGCCCUGCGGCGGGCCGACCUGGAUGGUGACGGGGCCGUUGACUUUGAUGACUUCCUUGGGAUCCUGACAGACAACCACCGCUUUGCCCAGUGCAUGGACGUCCAAGGUCCCUAUUCUCAGGUCCCCAACCUGCCCUCCCGGACACGGUCGACGGAAAGGAGGAUUCGAAGCAGAGGCCCCCGACUGACCAACCUUGCCAGGCCCUGCAAACCCAAGCCGCCUCAGCGAGAGGCACCUCGGAGAGUCCCCGGUUGCCGGCACACUGCUCGCCUAAGCAAUGGAAAAGGGGCUCUCUGCCGGCCCCCUGAACGAGAUGACACGUCCCUGCUCAUACGGGAAGCUCUGACCUAG